GCGGGCGCGGAGCUGUUUGGUUGUGGAGUUGCUGCGAUACCAGCGCUGUGGUGUUUGGAGAGUUCAUGGCGGCCCGGGACUCCGGUGAGAGGAGCGGGGCCUCGCCCGCCUGCGGCUCCGCGGGGUUCUGUAGCUCCAGAAGCCCUCAGCGCGCCUGGGGGAGGGUCUUUGUCGACCCGGGGGAACUGCGGCACUUCUGCCCUUUUAGGUCACGGCCAACAGUAUCACCAUCUCAGAGGCCCGUCUGAGCCACUGCCUGGCAGCCUCAGCCAUUCAAGAGCUGUCUCUGUGUACUAUGGCCGUGGAGUUGCUCCUCAGGGGCUGGUGAAAGCUGCUAGGAUUUGUCAGGGGGAGCGCGUUCUGGGUUUGUGUUGGUGGCUGGUGAUGCCUGAAGGACUGUCCCCAGGUAACCCAGAUGGGUAUUGACAGCAGCUGUUCACUUCCAGUUUGUUUCAUGAGAGACUUGAAUUCUGUGGGCAGAUGUCGAAACAAUAAGUGCCACAAGAAUUAGCAGGAGUCAUCUGUUUUAACAAUACCAACUGAGGACUGAGUAAGCGCUUGGGACUGUAAAGAGAGAAGUUCAGAAAGAAACAAAUAUGGCCAGCAGUCACAGACCUCCAAUAGCUCGUCCUUCUUCAAGAGCAGGAAUAGGGCUGACCACAAGGCCUACCACUUCAUCAAGGACUCCAUCAGCAACCAGAAUAGGAACAGGGAUGCCUCCUAGUACAUCAAGACCCAUUUCUCGUGGUGGCUCUUCAGCUACUGGAGGAGUCUUAUCAUCUCAGAUUAAGGUUGCAGACCGUCCAGUGACUCAACAUGGUUUAAGUGGAAUGAAAACUGCAAUGAAAGGUCCUCAGAGACAGAUAAUGGAUAAAACGUAUUACCUUGGUCUGCUGAGAAGCAAAACAAGUGAACUGACAGCACAAAUUAACAAGCUGCAGGAAGAAGUAGAAAUGCACAAGCAAGAGAAAUCUGUCUGCUUGUCAUAUGAAAAAAGGGCAGAGGCUCUAGCUGGAGAAAUCAAAGAAUUUCAAGGUCAGCUAGCAGACUACAACAUGGUUGUGGAUAUACUUAAUACUAGUACAGAUAUGGCAGAAGUGAUUCACGAUUACAAUAUGUUAAAGGUUCAGAAUGACCGAGACACUCAGAGUGUGGAUAAAAUUUUCACAGAAAGACAAACCACAGAAAAGUUAAUUCAAAAUGUAGAAGAAGAUAUCGAACAUGAAAAGGUUGUAGCAGAAGACAUAAUAAAAGACAUGUCACAGGAAAAUCAAGCUAAAUAUAUGGAGAUGAAGGCUGCAAAUGAAAAACUCUCCCAGGAAUUGGUUGUUCAACAACAGGAGUUGGAUGCACUAAAUAUAAAGGAGCAGGCUCUAAGAGCGGAAAUAGAACACUCCCAGGUGAAAAAGGAGGCUGUGCAGAUGUAUGAAAAGCUCCAUGAGCUCGAGGAACGUCGAGAUCAAAUGAUUGCUGAGGAUAAGAAUAUGGAAUCUCCUCAGGAAGAAAGAGAAAGGUUACUAAAGCAGGUUAAGGAUGACAGUCAAGAAAUAGCAAGUAUGGACAGACAGCUGGCAGAAGUAAAAGAAAAAACAAACUACUUUAAAAAGGUCAUUCAACGACUGGAUAUGGAUCUGGAGAAUUAUCAAGGAGAAGAAAAUUGGAGAUACAAAGAGCUGAAGAAGAGGGAAGAAAGCAUGGACAAUUUUUUUGAGACUUUUGAAGAGGUGAAGAAUCAGGAAUUGGAACGAAAGGCCCAAAUAGAAGCCAACAUUGUUGCACUCCUGGAGCACUCAAGCAGGAAUGUGAAUCAUAUGAAACAAAUUUCAUCUGUUACCAAUCAAGAACUGAAGAUAAUGCAGGAAGACCUCACUUUUAAAUCAAAUGAAAUGCAGAAAUCACAGAGCACUGCUAAGAAUCUGAUUACAGAAAGUCAAAAACUGCAGAUGGACCUGCAGAAGAUGGAACUCCUGGAGGGCAAGAUGGUUGAUGAACUAACUUCUCUUCAAGACAAAAUAGAACAAACGAAAAUGGAUUUGAAGGUCUAUAGUAAUUUGCCAGCUCUGAAAGCAUCAGGAGAAGAGAAGCAGCAGAAACUCCAGGAUGACAAAGAAAAAUUAACAAAACGUACGCAUGCUUUCAAGAAAAUAAUGGAACACUUGAAUACAGAGUAUGAGGCAGUAAAGAAAGAGCUGCAAGAGAAUGAGACACAUUCUCAGCUUAUAAAUUUGGAGAGGAAGUGGCAGCACCAUGAGCAAAAUAACUUUAUGAUGAAGGAAUUCAUAGCAACAAAAAGUCAGGAGAGUGACUAUCAGCCAGUAAUGAAGAACGUGAGAAGGCUGGUCACAGAAUACAACAAAGCUCUCAUAGAAGCUUUACAGAACACCAAGAACUGAAUCCAGGCGCUUCCUUCCUGCCCCAGUGGACCAACAAUGAAAGAUGUGCACAGGCAGCAUGGAAAACUAGAUUGCUGAACUCAUUCACUCACCACUAUGGCAACAGACUCUUAAAAGUAGUUCUUCCAGGUUUUUAGACGUCACAGUUUUUAAUACUAUUCCUCUUUUGCAACAGUUAAAAAUUUUAGAAAUGAACUUCUGAAUUUUAUAAACUUGUAGAAAUAAAAAAGAAAUACUGCACAUCAGAAUAUUUUACUGAGUCCCAUUGCUGGAUUGAAAUGUGAAACUUUAGCCUGCUUUACACAGUGGAUCUCUAAUCGUCUUGUAGGCCUAUCCCUGCCAAACAGAACAGGAGUUUUUUGCUUGAAUAAGGACUGCCUGGCAGGCUCUAAUACACAUUAUCUUAAAUGAAGUGUAUGAUAAGAUUAAUGGUAAUAUCAGCAUACCAUCCCUAUUUAAACAGCAACUUAUGACAAGGAAGGAAAACAUCUAAGGAGGACAAGCAAAUGUACGUUACAUCUGUUAGAAAAUUUUCCUUUCCCAGUGGAGAAUUGAUUAACUUCUUUAUAUUUUUUUAAUAUAAUUAUAAAAGGAGAACCAUAAUAUGCAAAGUGAAGCAUAACUGUUACUGAUCUUGUGCAGAGCAUUUUACUUUUGUAGUAUUUACCAAUAAAAGAAAUAACAGGGAAAAUUAUUUGUAUUUUCUGCAAUGUUUUUUUUUAAUCAGGUUUCAAGCUGCAGUGUCAUAUGCACGCUCUACUUUGAAAAAAUACUUAGAAAGAGAUUCGGCAUUACAGAACAAAA